GAGACAGCCUCUGGAAUAGAAGCAUAUGUUUUAGAAGACAUCCUUGAGGUGGAGUCCUUCAUUUUGGAUCAGGAUGACUUGGAUCAUCCAGUGCUGGAGACGGCUUCCAAGCUGCUGCUGUCCAGUACGGUUGAAGGUGCUGAUCUAAGAGCGGUUGAUCCUGAAACCCAAGCUAGACUGGAAGCAUUACUGGAAGCUGCAGGAGUAGGUAAAUUAUCUACAGUGGAUGGGAAAGCCUUUGCAGAUCCUGAGGUGCUUCGCAGGCUGACCUCUUCGGUCAGUUGUGCAUUGGAUGAAGCGGCUGUUGCGCUGACUCGAAUGAGAGCGGAAAGCACAAUGCAUCCAGGUCAGACAGACAACCGCAGUUUGGCAGAAGCUUGUUCAGAAGGAGAUGUAAACGCUGUGCGAAAGUUGCUUAUUGAAGGGCGAAGUGUGAAUGAGCAUACAGAAGAAGGUGAAAGCCUUCUUUGCUUAGCUUGUUCAGCAGGUUACUAUGAACUUGCCCAGGUUCUCCUGGCCAUGCAUGCAAAUGUGGAAGACAGAGGCCUCAAAGGAGAUGUGACGCCUUUAAUGGCUGCUGCUAAUGGAGGACACGUCCAGAUUGUCAAGUUGCUGCUAGCUCACGGUGCUGAGGUCAAUGCACAGUCCUCAACAGGUAACACCGCCCUCACUCAUGCUUGUGCUGGAGGCCACGUCGACAUUGUGAAGGCACUGCUGGAAUCUGGCGCUAGUGUUGAGGACCAUAAUGAGAACGGCCACACCCCUCUCAUGGAGGCCGGGAGUGCAGGUCACGUGGCUGUGGCCCGGGUGCUGCUAGAGAACGGAGCAGGGAUCAAUACACACUCCAACGAAUUCAAGGAGAGCGCACUCACGUUGGCUUGCUACAAAGGACAUUUAGAAAUGGUGAGGUUUUUGUUGGAAGCAGGAGCAGACCAAGAGCAUAAAACAGAUGAAAUGCAUACAGCAUUAAUGGAGGCGUGCAUGGAUGGCCACGUGGAGGUGGCCAGGCUCCUCCUGGACAGCGGCGCUCAAGUGAACAUGCCUGCCGAUUCCUUUGAAUCUCCAUUGACUUUGGUGGCCUGCGGGGGACACGUAGAGCUGGCUGCCUUGUUAAUUGAGCGAGGGGCUAAUCUGGAGGAAGUGAAUGACGAAGGCUACACACCACUCAUGGAAGCUGCUCGAGAGGGUCACGAGGAAAUGGUGGCCCUGCUCCUUGGCCAAGGCGCCAGCAUCAAUGUCCAGACAGAAGAGACUCAAGAAACUGCCUUGACUCUUUCCUGCUGUGGAGGCUUCCUGGAAGUGACUGACUUCCUUUUCAGAGCAGGAGCUGAUCUAGAGCUCGGCUGCUCCACACCUCUCAUGGAAGCUGCCCAGGAAGGUCACCUGGAGCUAGUGAAAUACUUGCUGGCUGCAGGAGCGAACGUGCAUGCCACCACAGCGACAGGAGACACCGCGCUGACCUAUGCUUGUGAGAAUGGCCACACCGACGUGGCGGACGUUCUGCUUCAGGCGGGAGCAGAUCUGGAACAUGAAUCCGAAGGAGGAAGGACUCCGUUAAUGAAAGCAGCUAGAGCCGGUCACGUCUGUACAGUUCAGUUCCUUAUUAGCAAAGGAGCAAAUGUGAACAGGACCACAGUGAACAGUGACCAUACGGUAUUGUCCCUUGCUUGUGCUGGAGGCCACCUGGCUGUGGUGGAAUUGUUGUUGGCUCAUGGAGCUGAUCCUACACAGAGGCUGAAGGAUGGUUCCACUAUGCUAAUAGAAGCGGCUAAGGGUGGCCAUACAAGCGUGGUUUGUUACCUGUUGGACUACCCGAACAAUCUGCUUUCUGCUCCUCCACCGGAGUCCACCCAGCUCACCCCUCCAGCUCAUGACUUAAAUAGGGCUCCUCGUGUGCCCGUGCAGGCCCUGCCUAUGGUUGUCCCACCCCAGGAGCCUGACAAACCCCCCGCCAGUGUUGCUGCAACCCUUCCCAUCAGGAGUAAAGCCACUUCUAAACUAAAGCCCAGCAGCCAUUUGCCACCAAACGUCCUGGAGGCGCAGGGGUUCGUCAGCAGUCAGUCUCCAGAAAGUAUUGUUGAGGAAGCUCAGGGCAAGUUGACGGAGCUGGAACAGAGGAUAAAGGAAGCCAUCGAGAAGAACGCGCAGCUGCAGUCCUUGGAACUGGCGCAUGCCGACCAGCUCACCAAGAAGAAGAUUGAAGAGCUGAACAAAACCCGAGAGGAACAAAUUCAGAAGAAGCAAAAGAUUCUAGAGGAGCUGCAGAAAGUCGAGCGGGAGCUGCAACUGAAGACGCAGCAGCAGCUGAAAAAGCAAUACCUGGAAGUGAAGGCUCAGAGAAUUCAGCUCCAACAGCAGCAGUCUUGCCAGCAUUUGGGCCUGCUGACCCCUGUUGGGGGAGGUGAGCAGCUUCCCGAAGGAGAUGGUGCACCGUUCCAGCAGGUGGACCCACUCCUGCUCAAAGACGAUCCCCAGCAGACGGGUGGCCGGAUGGGCUUUGCGCCAGUCCAGCCUCUGGCAAUGCAGCCAUCUUUGCCUUUCUCUGCCAGUUCCUUACCUCCGGGGUCCGUGGCAAAUCUGACCGAACUGCAAGAUGUAAUCAUUGGACAGCCGGUACUGGGUCGAUCACAACUGACAGGGCUGGGGCAAGGAACUCUGGCAGACACCCAGCAAGGGUUAAUGGUAGCCAGUCCUGCCCAGACUCUCAAUGACACGUUGGACGACCUCAUGGCAGCGGUGAGUGGUAGAGCAUCUACAGUGCCACACACACCUACCCACAGCAUCCCAACGUCUGACUCCCAAUCUCAAACACCAGCUCCAAGCCCUAUGAUUUCCCCUUCUGCCAUGCUACCGAUCUACCCUGCCAUAGAUAUUGAUGCACAGACUGAAAGCAACCACGACACAGCGCUGAGCCUGGCGUGUGCUGGUGGCCACGAAGAGCUGGUGCAAACCCUGAUGGAAAGGGGAGCUCACGUUGAGCACAGGGACAAGAAAGGAUUUACUCCUCUUAUUUUGGCUGCUACAGCAGGUCAUGUUGGUGUUGUAGAGAUCUUGCUGGACAAUGGUGCAGAUAUUGAAGCUCAGUCUGAGAGAACCAAGGACACCCCAUUAUCUUUAGCUUGUUCUGGAGGAAGACAGGAGGUGGUGGAGCUAUUGCUAGCUCGAGGAGCGAACAAAGAGCACAGAAAUGUUUCAGAUUACACACCUCUAAGCUUAGCUGCCUCUGGUGGUUACAUGAACAUCAUCAAAAUCCUGUUGAAUGCUGGUGCAGAGAUCAAUUCAAGGACUGGUAGCAAACUGGGCAUCUCUCCGCUGAUGUUGGCAGCCAUGAACGGGCACUCCGCCGCUGUGAGGCUGCUCUUGGACGUGGGCUCGGACAUCAAUGCCCAGAUAGAGACCAACAGGAACACGGCCCUGACACUGGCCUGUUUCCAAGGAAGAACUGAAGUGGUCGGCCUUCUCCUGGAGAGAAAAGCCAACGUUGAGCACAGAGCUAAGACGGGCCUGACCCCAUUAAUGGAAGCCGCCUCUGGUGGGUAUGCAGAAGUGGGGCGCGUGCUGCUUGAGAGAGCAGCUGAUGUCAAUGCGCCGCCGGUCCCCUCGUCGAGAGACACAGCAUUAACCAUUGCAGCGGACAAGGGGCACUACAAGUUCUGCGAGCUGCUUCUAAGCAGGGGAGCUCACAUUGAUGUUCGUAACAAGAAAGGAAAUACUCCAUUAUGGCUUGCAGCAAAUGGUGGUCAUUUAGAUGUUGUCCAGUUGCUAGUCCAAGCAGGAGCAGAUGUAGAUGCUGCUGAUAACAGGAAGAUAACCCCACUUAUGGCAGCCUUUCGGAAGGGUCAUGUGAAAGUCGUACGCUACCUGGUAAAAGAAGUAAAUCAAUUCCCAUCAGAUUCAGAAUGUAUGAGAUACAUUGCAACAGUGACUGACAAGGAAAUGCUGAAGAAGUGCCACCUUUGUAUAGAAUCAAUUGUUCAAGCCAAAGACAGGCAGGCUGCAGAAGCAAACAAGAAUGCAAGUAUUCUUCUGGAGGAGCUGGAUUUGGAGAAACUGCGGGAAGAAAGCAGGAGGCUGGCCCUGGCCACUAAAAGAGAGAAAAGGAGAGAGAAGAGGAGGAAGAAGAAGGAAGAGCAGAGGAGGAAGCUGGAAGAAAUUGAGGCAAAAAACAAAGAAAACUGUGAAUUACAGGCUGCUCCAGAAAAAGAAAAACAAAAAGCUGAUGGUGACACAGAGGUCUUGACGGAACCACCCAGUGCUACCACCACAACCACUAUAGGAAUAUCUGCAACAUGGACAACUUUGGCGAGUUCCCUCGGGAAAAGAAACUGCGCGGUCGCCACCAGCUCCAAGAGGAAAAGCAGGAAAAACAAAAUUGCCCCCAGUAAUGUUCAGAUAAUCUUUGAUGAUCAGCUCCCAAUCUCAUUUUCUCAGCCCAGGAAAAUAAGUGGUGGAUUUAAAAGCGGCAGCGCCAGUGAACGUGGUGACAGCGACAACAUGAGGAUUUCCAGCUCUAGCGAUGAAAGCAGCAAUAGUCACAGCAGCCACCAGAGGGACCAGUCUUCUUCCCCAGCCAUUGCUCAUGCUCAGAGCAGCAAGAAGCAGCCGUCGGUGCUGGUCACCUUCCCCAAAGAGGAGUGCAGAGCAGUUUCUGGCAAAUCUUCCAUCCAGUUGUCAGAGGUUAUGAGUGAAGUAACUGGUAAUUCCUUAUCUACUCGCACAAAAUCUGGCCCCUCGCCACUCUCCUCUCCGAAUGGAAAAUUAUCCUUAGCCAGCCCUAAGCGUGGUCAGAAGAGGGAAGAAGGAUGGAAAGAGGUCGUCAGAAGAUCAAAGAAGGUUUCGGUUCCAUCAACUGUUAUUUCCAGAGUAAUUGGAAGAGGUGGUUGUAACAUCAACGCUAUCCGAGAAUUUACUGGAGCACACAUAGACAUUGAUAAGCAGAAAGACAAAACUGGGGACAGAAUAAUAACAAUAAGGGGAGGCACAGAAUCGACAAGGCAGGCAACACUGCUGAUAAAUGCUCUGAUUAAGGAUCCAGACAAGGAAAUUGAUGAGCUGAUUCCAAGGAACCGUUUGAAAAGCUCCACCGCCCAUGCCAAAACAGGGGCAUUGUCACCGGCCGCCACUACAGCUGCGUCCAGUUCUGCAACCGGGAGCAAGGGAGCCACUUUGUCGCCAUCUCAGAUAUCCACAACACUACCAGUGCCUGCUGGGGCCUCAGCAUCUACUCACAAAACUGGCAAAAGCCAAGUGAAUAACAUGCGGCUGGGAUUUCCGGUUUCCCUCCCAACAGCCUACCCUCCCCCCACUCCCCAGUUUGCACAUGCUUUGCUUGCUGCUCAGACUUUCCAGCAGAUCCGUCCACCAAGGUUACCCAUGACCCACUUUGGAGGGACUUUCCCUCCGGCACAGUCCACCUGGGGACCUUUCCCUGUGAGACCUCUGAGCCCAGCAAGAGCUUCUAACUCACCUCAGCCUCACACGGUGCCUCGCCAGAACAAUCAGAGCCUGGGUGGUUCUCAGGUGAACUUAGCAGGGCCUUUGACCUCCAGUCCAGCAACUACCACAACUGCAGCUGUGUCUGCUGGUCCUGGCUCUUCUCCAGAGGGCAGUCCCAGAUCACCAUUGGUCCAAAGACAGUUGUUGGUCACCAUGGUUAAGGCAGCCACCACUACCACAGUCACAACCACAGCAAGCAGCAACAGCACAAUACCCGCACACGCUGCUGCGAAAGAACAUCACCCCGUGUCCUCCACGCCUUCCUCUUCACCACCGGUCCAGACAGCAAAGGUUUCUAGUGAUGGUCCUCCAGAGUGUGCGACAGAUUCUCCAAGUAAAGAGGUGCCUUCCUCUGGCCAGGAAACGGGCAGCCCACCAGCGAUGGAAGUUCUGCGACCAACCAGCCACAGGCAGCCAAGCGGUGGCUCUGCCCAAGUUCCCUCCGGGCCUACUCAGCUGCAUUCUGUGGGGUCUCUUUCCCAAGAAGCAAGGCCGCCCUCCCAGCUGCCUCAGGAUCCUCCAGUGGCCAGGCCUCCAAAUUUAGUCACAGUGAGUUCUUCUCCUACCCCAGUUGUUCCUGCUAACACUUCAACGAACUCUCCCCUGCCUCAUGGGUCAGUGGGACCAGCGCAGCAACCUCCUCCGCCUAAAAUGGAAGGCCCUGCUGUCGGGCCGCCUUCCCAUGGAGAGAAGCCUGCCCACAAGAAUGCAGCUGCUGGGCAGAAUCCUUCCGUCACUGUCCUCAAUAUCAGCCACAUCAAAAGGCCCCACAGUGUUCCUUCUUCAGCACAACUUCCUUCCACCUCAGGUACACAGAAUGCUUCUCAGAACACCGCCCCCCUACCUCCCAGGCCCCCGGCCCCCAACUUCAGUGCUGCUUUACCAUUUGGGCCCUUCAGCACACUCUUUGAGAACAGCGCUGCCUCCGCUCAAGCCUUCUGGGGCGGAUCGGUCAUUUCGCCUCAGGCGGCACCAGAGUCCGUCGUCUCCGGAAAGUCUUCAUUUCUGCCAAACUCAGAUUUGCUACAUCAGUUAGACACUUCCAAAGCCCCAGGCUUUAGGCCUCCACCGCAAAGACAAGCUCCAAAUCUCUCAGGUACUGUUAGUGUGGAUUCGUCAUAUGGUUCUGUGACACCUUCUGCUCCUAUGGGCAACUUUGCCUCAAACCUGUCAUGUGGGCAGAUGUAUGCACCAGGAGCACCCUUUGGAGGUGCAAUGGCAGCUGCUAAUUUUAAUAGACAGCGUUUUUCCCCACUCAACUUAUUGCCUCCAUGUUCCUCUGCUUCUAAUGAGCCACCUGCUCCACCAGUAUCCGCUGCUGCAGUAAGCGCUUCAUCCCCAGCCUCUCCAUCUAUGUCCCUGGGGUCAGAAAAGCCCAGCACUGCCUCUCAGGAUAGAAAAGUCCCUGCUCCAAUCGGAACGGAACGCUCUGCGCGUAUUCGGCAAACUGGAACAUCGGCUACCUCCAUGAUAGGGAACAACUUAGCCACUCCAGUGAGGCACGGCGGCAUCUGGUCUUUUGAAGGGAUGGCAGGAAACCAAGGGCACGAUAAAGUUGACUGGUGUCACAGUGAAAUGGGAAGCCUCGUGGUCCACAGGCCAGCGUCUGACCCAGGGGUCUUCUCACAACAUCAAGCAAUGGAAAGAGACGUCACAGGAAUCGUAACUCCUUCUGGUACAUUCCAUCAGCACAUUCCAGCAGGAUACCUGGACGUCCCUAAAAUUGGGAGUAUGCCUUUCUCUGUGUAUGAGAAUGCAGUGAUUCCCCCUGUCGCACCUAUUCCAGAUGGGACUGGAGGGCCCAUAUUCAAUGGACCUCAGGCUGCUCACCCGUCUUGGAACUCGCUGAUAAAGAUGGUUUCCAAUUCCGCAGAAAAUAACGGCCCUCAGACAGUGUGGACUGGAACGUGGACGCCUCAUCUGAACGGCGUUCAUAUGAACCAGCUUGGUUGA